UAAUAGGUGAUAGAUAGGUAGAUCUGCCCACCCAGUUUUCAGCCUACCCAGAGAGGGCAAGUUUACCAAAUCCUCCCCGGUUUCCAGGUCUCUGCUGAUAACAGGCUUCAGCUGACAUCCGCACAUAUGAACAAAGAGACCCAGGUGGCCAAGGAAAAAAGGAGCCUGGCUUAGAUUCAACAAUGGCCACAGUUUGCUGACCACUGACAGUCUUCUCUGCAUGCAGGCCGUCUUGCAAUGCAUAAAGAGCAGGUUUUGUUGAGGUCGCCUUCUGCUGGUCACAGAUUUCUUCUCCACGGAACUACCUCCUGGGUGUCAUACACUAUGGGCACGUGAGAACUUGAGUUGUAGGUCAGGAGUCCAAGUUUAAGCAGGACUGCCUUUACUUCCACCCCCACUGACCCUGGUUUCCUCCCUGGUGCUUGAGUUGGCUUGCCAUACAGUCUAUGGAACAUUCAUUGUGGCCACUGAAGGACAGCAUCUCCCCAGUGGGUGUUUGUCAUUUCACACCAAUCCUAGCAGAACAGGAAGGUUUGGGCCCUCUUCUGGUUUGUUUUGCUGCCAUGGUGAGCAUCAUUUCUCCCCAUGUAAGACUGCUGGUGAAGUCUGGGGCCAGAGCUGAGAAAGAGGGACAAGGACAGAGCACUGUGGCAUCGCCCAUCUGCCAUGCUGGAGGUGUAUUCAUUAUUGAUGGAGGUGGUGCAGUUGUUGCUCAGAUAUGCAGCCCUGCCUGGGUAAAUGAGACAUUCUUCAGCAAAUUGCUUCGUUUUUUGAUUGCUGAUUGUACGCGUGUCACCAAGCUGACUCAAGGUUCAUUGAUGCAUGCUCGGUAAAUUAGAAAGAACAUAACUAUGGAUCAGCCAAGAGAAUGAAUUCUGUGCCUACAAUGACCCAGGGCCAUUUAAUUUUCUGCUUAAUUUUGUUGCAGUCAGUUUGCAUUUUGGGUUAUUAUGCAGUAGGAAAUUAACAAUAAAUAACAAAUUUGGUCCUCCUGUGCUUGUAAUGAUAUUUUUUUAUAAAUCUUUGUAAUGCUGUUUUUAAAAGGAUCAAGGUCUGCACUAGUCUGAUACUCCAGCAAGUAUGUAAGGAGGAAAAUGCAUUAUUCUUGCUAGAUAACCUUGUUGUUAAAUAGCAUAAGGUUUCUCUCUCUGUCUUCUCUCUUUCUUGCUCUCUCUGUCUCUCAUAUCUUACUAGUAGUUUUACUUUAAACUAAAACCCCUUCCUCUCUUUCUCAGAUAACCUGAGGACAAUGGACGCUGAUGAGAGUCAAGACAUGUCACAAGUUUCAGGGAAGGAGAGUCCCCCAGUCAGUGAUACUCCAGAUGAUGGAGAUGAACCCAUGCCUGUCCCUGAAGACCUUUCCACCACCUCUGGAGGACAACAGAAUUCCAAGAGUGAGCGUGGAAUGGGUAAGUGGGGCCAUUCUGGGGAUCUAUAGGUUGUCACCCACUCUCUUCCCAUGAAACUGCUAUCUCCUUAUGUCUUUCCAAUGCUGUGAUUAAAAGAUGUGAGGCAUUUUAUUAACUGUUUCCCUCAGUCAUCACCUUAAGGAAAUAUGGUGCAGAGGUGGGCAGCUCAUGGUCCUCAUGUAUGAAAGAGGAACACUCAUGGGCUAGCAAGAGAGGCAGGGGGAGAAUCACCUGGCAUGGGGUACAUCUCCAUCUCUCCCUCCAUCCUCAGACCACUUGCAAGAAUACCAGAUUUUAUGAAUUUUCCUUAGAGAUUGAAAUUGGUACAUUUUGUGUAUGUGACAAGAGGGUGACUUUUCUUUUGAGCUUUGUGUUAGUUAAGAGAAGCCUUAGCUGGCUGUUUAAGUUAGCCCUUUACUCUCCAGAUCUUAAAUAGAAGACUCAUCGGACCAUAAUCCUUUCAGUCCUGAUACUACCUUGGCGACAUUCUUGUUGAAAUGAUUCAAUGAUAUGAAAAACUAGUAAAUGUUUGGCAAAUAAAAAGACAAAUGGGAAUUUUUAAUGUUACAGAAAAAUCUAGAUUAUCCAAGUUAUCAAACAUUUAUCCACCUAUUUGUAAAGAAUGGGAGUGAUCCAAAAAUCACUUCACUGGUUAGCUUAUACAAUCUACCUACCAUUCAUGUUUAGAAGAACUUUCCACACUUUUUCAUUACAAGAAAACAAAGGCCCAGGGAAAGUGAGUGAAUUAACCAACAUCAAGUGGUAGAGUCAGAAUUAAACUCAAUUUUUGACUCAAAAACCAGUUUUUACACUCCACCGUGCCAUGUUCUCAUGAGCUAAUGAGUCAUUAAUUCCUUGGAAUAUCUACUUUAAGAAAAAAGAUAAAGCUGUGAUAUUGAGAGCACUUAUUUACAUAAAAGAGUUUCAUACAGGAUACCCAGGUCCCAAGAGGUAGAAUGGAUCAGUGUGAGUCAGCCACAUAAGCACUAUGGCCAGUCUUCCUGUAGGACAUCCUGGUACAAUCAUUAGGAAUAUUUUAUAUGUUCAGCUUAAAAACAAAGCUCACUUUGGGUAUAACAGUUCUCUUAAAUUUUUUUCAUUUAUCAAAUAUAAUUAAUGACAUAAACCAAGAAGGACAGUGGCUAACCCAUUUGCUGUAAAUGAACCCAAAGAACAAGUAUAUUUACUAGUUAUAACUCCCUAUCAGGAAGUGGCUAGUCUAUGUGGGAAGAUGAAUGGGUAGAAAAAUAACACCUGGGUAUCAUUCCCUCUAUUCUAUGAGAACAGGGUCAUAGACAUCAUUUUAGGGUUUCCCAAAGAUUCAGAUGAUCAACCAUGCUUUAUUUUAAUUGAUGUGUUUAUUUCUAAGAUUAUCUUCUGUUUCUUGCAAGGCAUCUUGGUUUUACCAUAUGCUGUGCUGCUACACAACUUCCUUUUGAAACACACCUAUUUAUUGAUAAAAUGUCAAUUUACAUAAAAACAGUAAGUCAAUAGUGGUAUAAAAUGGUAAAAAAAAAAUGCAAAGGUGACACAUGAGCAGCUAACGUGGUGGUUACCUCAUUGGUUUGGUCCCUGAAGUACCUAUUGCAAUGGGUAUUGUUUUUUCACUUAACAGGGAUGUAAACAUAUGCCCAUAGCAAAACAAAGAGCUCUGGAAGCAGGAGCCAAAACGAUUAUCCAUUGACCCUGUGACUAACACGUUAGAGCCCAGACUUAAAGAUUGGGAAGCUAGCUCUGUCCUUGUGAAGAAUGUAAAGGGCUCACACUGAAGUCCCUGCAGCUGCUGAGAGGCCACUGUGGAAUCCUCCUGGUGUGAGCAUCCUUUAGAGAACUGAAAGUCAGGCUGAUUCCUAAGGGCAGAGAAGAGCACACAGUAUAUUGUUAUAAGUCCCAGCAAAAUGCCCUACGUACCUCAUCCCCUUGAAGUUCCAGUGUGGGUGAUUGCUGGCUGAAGAUCAGCCUUGGCUGCAUUGCUGACUGGUUCCCUGGACUGUGUGUCCCCUGUAUUCAGAGUCCAGUUCUCAGUCCCUGAUGUACCCAGUGUGAUGUCCCUUGGCAUUAGGGUGAGCUCAUCGUUUCUUGAGAGUUCCCCUCUCUGCCCCUUGUCACACGUAAUAUGAUUUUCAGCGCACUUUUCCUUUUAGGGUGAGGUUUAGAAAAUAAGAAUUUUAAAAUUCUGAAAUUUAGUAAUCCCAGAAAAUGCCUUUACUUGCUUUGACAAUAGCAGUUGAUGUGGCCCUGGGGACAGGCUGGCAAAGCUGUUUGACAUGGGCAAAGCUUCUAGUGGGUGACUAGAGACCAAAGUAGCAAUUUCUCAAAGCCAGGAAAGCAGAGUACAGAAGCCCAGAUGGUAAACCAGACACCAGGCAAGAGAGAGUUGGGGAGAGGAAGCCAGGAUUGGGGGUUUAGGGCCCUAGAGGACCCACCAGGAGAAACGGGCAUCCAGGGAAGCCACCGCACAUGACAAUCACACAGAAUCACUGUGGUUCUGGAAGGAAAUCCAAUAGCUUCAGUAUGUGUAAGAGGUUGUCUGGUAAGGUAAUUUGUAGUGUAUAACGUUAAAUAAAUGGUGUAGAUAACUUUAGGAAAUAAUAUAAACUGGCAAGGGAAUCCAUAGAUUAAAGGAAAUAAAUUCCAUGUCAUAUUUCAUCAAGUUAUUUCAUGGGAGUGGGUCAUUAGGACAACAGAGUGUGAAAAGAUGAAGGACAGAAAUGAAAAGAAACCCUUCCUUUGGGACAGAAGUGUAAGGCAAGAGGCAUUGUUGAAAUAUAGGGUAGGUGAAAGGGGUGGUGGCCUGGCAGGGGUGGGAAGUGUAUCUUAAAAGGAACAAGUUGAAGACCCUUCUCCCUGGCCGUGAGCCUCAGGGCAAUGCUUUUCCUCUGUGAGCUUAGCUUCCUCAUUUUAAGGGGACAAGAACAACUAAACGUGUCCCAGAGUGGCUUGGUGGGUUAAACGAAAAAAACAUGCACACGCUUUGCUACAGACAGAAUAGGAAAGGCAAAGUAUAACAGGCAGGAAAAGAACACAACUUGUGCAACUCAAUAAUCUUUCAGAUUGAAGAGAAUGAAGGAACCUGUUAUAGCGUCAGUUGAGAAAGGGGACAGUAGAUAACACUGUAACACCAAGGAUAGAAGAGGAAUUUAUUAAUUAAAAAAAUUAAUCCAUAAAAUAAGCAAGCUGAAGACAGCCAGAAAAGAGAGGAAUUAGUUAGAAUAGGGCAAGACCAAAGGAAAGAUUAAGGGUACUAACUGCCAUCAGAUCCAAGUUCAAGCCAAGGAUUCUAGCUGAUAAUACUGUUGGAUAGUUCAAGGAGAAAUGAGAGAGGCAAAAGGUGGGAAAAGACAGGAGAAUAUUUGGUCAUAAUAGACAGCAGGGAUUACCAUUUUAAAAAGAGAGGAUGAUUUUGAAAAGCUGUGAGCCAUUUUGCCAGUGGUAUCAUUCAGUUUGACAAGAAUCUAAACAAGCACAGACCACAAAUUAGUAGGGUAGCUGGUGUGUCAUUCCCAGAAUGAGAAAAGCAAUGGCUUCACACCUCGUUACUUUACAAAGGAGUGUAAAAGGGACACCAACAGGUCUCUGUAUAAAUAAGGAGAAUCAGGUGACAGCCUGAAGGCAGAGCAGGAGAGAGUUCUUGCUUACCCAGCAUUUUCUUCUAGGUCUGAAUAAGCAGAAACAAAGGAUUUGAAGUAUAGCUUGAACAAUUUAAGUUAGAUGCAAAGGAGAACUUUCUGGCUAAGAGAGCUUCAGUCAUCACCACAGUCUACUAAAUGAAACUGUAGCUCAUUCUUCUGAAGUGGUCUCUUUAAAACCCUGAGAGACUCUUCAACUCUCUUUAAAAGCUGAGAAUUCUCAGCUCUCUGAAGUGGUUGUGUCUGAAACUAUUUGAAGCUGGGGAAAAUACUCAGUGACCUCUUAAGGGAACCCCAAGUUUACUCAGUCACCAGAGCACACACGUGGAGAAGUGAAAAGUGGACUGGGAUUGGCUUGAGAAUUCUUGACCAGAGCCUGUUGACCUGUCCUGAGGGACUGUGUCAGGAUUGGAGUCCACAGAGCAGGCAGGAGUUUUUACAAGAAAACAAAAACCUUGUUAUUUUCUUCCUUUCCUCAAGAAUUCUUCAUGGGUUCUUCUGUCAUGAGUUCUUGCCUUCACUCUCUUGCUUUCUUUCUUCAUACUCACUUCCAUGCCCUAGCAUGAAUCAAGGGUCCUCAGUCCCUAGACUUCUACUGUCAAGUACACAGGUCUAGGUUUACCUUCCAACGUGGCGAGCUGGGGGCUGUGGCCAUGGCCUGGGCUGCUUCCUGACUCAGGAGAACUCCCUAAGCUCUGCUCUGCCCAUGAAUGCAAAUGGCCAGGAAGCAGGGUUGGUGGACUGGAGCCUACUGAAAAGGAAAGGCCAGGGGAUGGAGAGGAAAGAUUUGGGGCUGACUACCCCUGAGAAGGAUGCCAGGCAGUUGAAGAGUUUAGGGUAGAAUCCAAGGGAAAAAUCCAGGGGCAGAAGCUCCAGGGCUAAAUUACAAACAUGAAUUACACAAGCAUGGGGUGGUAGAAUGAGAAGAUAUGAGGUAGAGUGGGGCUGGAGUCACUUAGUCGACCAAUCAAGAUUGGACCAAGGUUGGGCCAAUCUUGUGCGGAAGGAAAUGUGAGUUUGAAGUGGGGAGAACAUAUUUUUAUAUAUGGCCCCAUUACGUUCUAGAAUGUUCUUCUUUGGGUUUGCUGACUUAGGUGACCUUCCACAGUCUUGAGGAGAAAACCCAUUUCCUCUGAGAUCUCUCACAGACAUGUUCAGAGACACACAACUCCAAGAGAUAGAAGCUAAAUCAAUACAAUUUUGUCCCUUCUUGGUAUAUACUUUGACCAAGGUUUGAUUCUCUCUGGCAAAAUUUUUUUUUAAAAGUAGAAAAAUAAUCUGUAUAUUCCCUUUCCCUGGGAAUCUAGGAAAAAAUGAUCAUGUAAUCACAUAAAUCUUGCUUUUUUGAUUCGUUCCAUUGAAAUGAAAAACCUUGACUCAGUCAUGAGUCUCAGGACUACUAAGGUGGGAAUUGUAAGAGGAUCCUUUCAACUAGUUGCCAAAUGCUCCCUUCAUUUUAAAGUUUGAGGCAGGAGACGAGGGGGUGAUCCUGGGGUGGACAGUGGCUAUGGCUUCUCUAACCUGGGAGAGGGAAGAGGGACUGGAGAGUCAUUCAGGAUGGGAAGAGAAAGUGGGCUCGUUGGAGAUUGGGCAGCCCAGGUUUUGAGUACGGAUGUGAGCCUGCUUAUCUAAUCAGCAGCUAGAGGAAGUUGUUUUUAUCUGUGAAAUGCAUCUCUUCUGAACCGAUAAACCCCAUUUUAGCUCUGGGGAGACAUUAUCUAGCAGUAUCUGAGCAGGAGCUGCAGCUGAACCCAGGAGUGUUCAGAUGUGAAAGAGGUUGCAAACAGAGCUGUUUGCCCAACUUGGUGCGGCUGGUGUCUUGGUUUGGUUGGUUGUUUUUUUUUUUUCUUCUU